AUGAGGCUGCUGUAUUUGGUGCUCUGCGUUGUGGCCUUCUCGCGAUCCGUCUCGACGUCGUGUAGCGUCUGUCCUCAAGGGUGUGACAUCGGAAUUGAUCUCGAUCCUGGGGCAAGAAAAGUCUACAGACGAUCGUGCCAGACAAACCAACAACUGAAGGCGUCCUCUUCUUUCAUUCGUGUCGCAUCGACAAAGAGCCUCGUCGACGAUGAAUUUACCGUUACAGUUGUGGACGAACACAAUUACAACAAUUUGACCUCUGGGGUAGCAUAUCAUUAUUUCCAAGAUCUCUCGUCUGGUCCCUUUAAUGAUGAAAGUGUUGAAGCGACGUGCUUUAGCAGUAGCGGUACCCACAUGUUUGCUGAGGGUACAGUCCUGUAUAUCAUCAUCCGAUGUACGAAUGAGUUUUUCGACUGCAGUCUGUCGAUCGGGAUAGAACACGAAUGUAUGAGUGGGUGUGGUGCUGCCUACUGUGGUUCUCACGGCACGUGCACAUCAGGCGGGUGUGUGUGUGACGUCGGUUACACCGGAAAUACGUGCGAAACUGUAUUGGAUCGAUGUGGUAAUAACACUUCGUGUGGUUCUCAAGGCAUAUGUAAAGACGAAGAAUGUUUCUGCAGACCAGGUUACAGUGGGGAUAGAUGCCAAACUCUUGAUAGUUGUCACAACAUUUCAUGUGGUCCCCAUGGCGUGUGCACCACGGGAGUGUGUGUUUGUGAUCUUGGCUACAGUGGGGAUCGAUGCCAAACAUUUGAUAUCUGCCAUAACGUUUCCUGUGGUUCUCACGGUACGUGUGACAACGGACAAUGUCUCUGCAGUCCUGGUUACAGCGGAACUAGAUGCCAAACUUUUGAUCCAUGCCUUAACAUAUCCUGCGGUUCCAACGGCACGUGUAGCAAUGGAAUAUGUGUUUGUGAUCCUGGUUACAGUGGAGAUCUAUGCCACAUUAGAUCGUGUUUGAACGCCUCCUGUAGUCCUCAUGGCAUAUGCAUUAAUGGCACAUGCAAUUGCAACGACAGCUGUCAUCAACAUUUCAAUUCACUAAACUUCAAUACCAUUACUAUUGCUUGCUCAAUCUCAGUGGCAGCCGUGCUCUCAAUUAUUAUCAUUGCUUUUAUUAGAUAUAAAAGAUAUCAGCAUCAACAGCUGGAGCUUGACGAGGAGGGGCCUGUGAGUACCGAUAUGGCUUCGAAAACCGUUUCUAUGGUAUCAAACGACGCUUACUAUGAAUCAGUAGACUCCGUUGUAGCUUCAUCGACUGCGAAGACGUCUCCUGAUUAUACUCAGACGUACUCGGAAAUACUUCAAGUGGUAAUCAAUGAUGCUUACUCGUCGUAAACGUUUAAUAUCAAUUGUAGGAAUGCAGUCUUUACUUCAGUGAGUGUGUAGUAGAAGAGUACUGUAACGCUAGCGCAUGCGCGCCUAUGAUUAAUAA